AUGACUUCUGCUGAUACUGAAGCAGUUUCUUACUGGGCCGUUCCCAAGUGCUCAAAAGACGUUGAGCGCUUCAUGCGUCUAGCUAACUAUAAUUGGAGCUUUAUCAAGAAUUUCUCAAAGUUAGGUGAACCGCUUCACGCGGUUGUGGGAAAACAUAAGUUCAAGUUUGGCGAAGAACAGCAAAAUGCGUUUGAUCUACUUAAGCAAGCAUUGGUAAACUUUCCAGUCCUUGCUCUCCCUAAACAAACUGGAGAGUUUGUUCUAGAUUGUGACGCAUCAAAAAACGCUUUUGGCGCAGAACUUUUGCAAAUGCAGAAUGGCGCCGAACAUGUUGUUGCUUACGGUAGUGAAGCUCUAACAAAAGAGCAGCGACGUUACUGCACCACGAGAAAAGAGCUACCAGGGGAAAAGCACGGGAAUGCGGAUGUACUUUCUCGUAUGCCACACCCUGGUCACUGCAAUUCAUAUGUAGCAGGAGUUGCAGUUGAAGAUCUGCUUUGUGUGAUGGCUGACAACCAAUGGGGUUCAUUUUCCCGGGAGGUAGAUGUAGUCCCGAUGGCAGCGCAGAAGGCUAGAGUUGGGGAAGGUCGCGCCUUCGAGAACCCAGUAUCUGGGAGCGUCUGUCAGGGAGUGGGGGCUACAGCCGCAUUGGACAUUGGAGAUAGAGCCAUAUGGGGAUUUACUCUGAGUGAUCUCCAUGAGGCUCAGAGUGCAGAUAAUGAUCUUGGCUACAUAAUUGAAUGGUUAGUGAAUUCAUCUAGCCCAACUGAGAGAGAUCUUUUCUUGUCUAGUCCAUGUGCAAAAUCAUACUGGAUAACUAAAGAGAAAUUCCUGUUUAUUAAGGGAGUUUUGUAUCGACAACAGGAUGGGGGAGAAGAGAAGGUCUUCUCUGAUCAGGGAAGUAAUUUUGAAUCCAAGCUUUUUACUUCACUUUGUGAGGUCCUUGAGAUUCAUAAGGCAAGAACGACACCUUAUCGCCCCUCUGCUAAUGGUCAGGUAGAGCGGUACAAUCGUACCCUGAUGGAUGCAAUAAGGUGUUACAUUGGGGAUUCGCAAGACAAAUGGAACAUCCAUCUACCACAGAUUGCAGGUGCACUACGUAGUGCUGUCAACCGUAGUACAGGGUUUAAUGCAAACAAGCUCAUGCUUGGCCGAGAAGUAAACACUCCUGCAUAUUUGAUGUUCCCACAUACAUCACCCGCUAGGGUACCAGCAGACCUUAAUGAAGAAUAUUGA